GCAUUGCAAAUUACACACUAAUCGCUCUAAACCUUCAAAGAUUCUCUCUCUCUAAAAUACUCCAUUUUUUUUUCUUCAUCUGGUUCUGCUAUAGGGACUGUGUUUUUUUCCCUCAUUAUUUUUUUUUGCUGUCGAAAUUAACCUCAUGGUACCUUUUCCAACAAAGGGUCGCACCCGGUUUCUUGCCGCGGAAUCUGUUAAACAGUAAAAAUCUUUUUUCUUUUUUUUUUUCUUUUUUAAUUUGUAUAUUGGGAUUUAGUGCUUCUUCUACUUGUUCUUUUCCAAUGACUAGGAAAUGGGUGCAGUUUGUUCAAAUUUGUUGAUUGAAAGUGUAUAAAGUAAUGAACUUUGGCGAUGGGUUGUUUUGAUUUUGAUGCUGAAGAAAGUGGAGGAGAUUUGGUUAAUGUGUAGUUGGUAAUGCAUUUUUUAUAAGGUUUUGUUAAGAUCUGAUGAAGGUGGGUGGAAUAUUUGGUUGCUAUAAGAGGCUUUAUUUUUUCAGGGCAAGACUGGUAGAAUUUGAUCAAGACUUUUCUUGUUUUGUAACUUAGUUAUCUUGGGGUAUGACUAUGGCCCAAUAAUUUAUGUAUCCUUAGAUGGAUUGAAGAGUCAACAGCAUAUUGAAUUGGAUCAAUGGUAAAAGCAAUAGUAUCUGUGCUGUUGAUUACCUCUAUCCUCUUGUGUGUAUCUGCAACAACAGAUAAUGGAUAUCCUAGAUGUAAUUGUGACGAUGAGGCCAGCUUGUGGACUAUUGAGAGCAUUUUGGAGUGUCAAAGAGUUGGAGAUUUCUUGAUUGCUGUGGCCUACUUCUCCAUCCCUAUUGAGCUGCUUUAUUUCGUCAGUUGCUCAAACGUACCGUUCAAAUGGGUCCUUGUUCAGUUCAUUGCUUUUAUAGUCCUAUGUGGAUUGACACAUUUGUUGAAUGGUUGGACUUAUGGUCCUCACACUUUUCAGCUUAUGGUGGCACUUACCGUCUUUAAGAUUCUCACUGCCUUGGUAUCUUGUGCCACUGCUAUAACGCUUGUUACUUUGAUUCCUUUACUUCUCAAAGUGAAGGUUAGGGAAUUCAUGCUCAGGAAAAAGACAUGGGAUCUUGGACGCGAGGUUGGCCUUAUUAUGAAGCAAAAGGAGGCUGCAGUGCAUGUAAGAAUGCUUACUCAAGAGAUUCGAAAGUCGCUGGAUAGACAUACGAUUCUGUACACCACUUUGGUGGAGCUGUCUAAAACACUAGGCUUGCAAAAUUGUGCUGUGUGGAUGCCUAAUGAAGAAAAAACGGUGAUGAAUCUCACUCAUGAAUUGAACGGAAGGAAUUUUAAUUUUUCUAUACCUAUUACUGAUUCGGAUGUUGUAAGAAUUAAGGGAAGCAAUGGAGUGAAUAUACUUAGCUCUGAUUCAGCACUUGCUGUUGCCAGUUGUGGAGUUUCUACUGAUGCGGGACCUGUUGCUGCAAUCCGAAUGCCGAUGCUACGGGUUUGUAAUUUCAAAGGAGGAACGCCUGAGUUAACUCAGGCGUGUUAUGCAAUAUUGGUCUUGAUUCUUCCAGCCGGAGAACCUAGAUCAUGGAGUAAUCAGGAGCUGGAAAUAAUUAAGGUGGUUGCUGAUCAGGUUGCCGUCGCUCUAUCCCAUGCUGCGAUUCUUGAAGAGUCACAACUUAUGAGAGAGAAGUUGGAGGAGCGCAACCGAGCUUUGCAACAGGCAAGAAGGAAUGCUAUGAUGGCAAGCCAGGCAAGAAACUCGUUUCAGAAAGUCAUGAGUGAUGGUAUGAGGAGACCUAUGCACUCAAUUUUGGGAUUGCUUUCAAUGAUACAAGAUGAUAAUUUAAAGAAUGAACAGAAACUUAUUGUAGAUUCAAUGCUAAGUACGAGCAAUGUUCUUUCAAACUUGAUAAACGAUGCCAUGGAUAGCUCAGCAAAAGACGAUGGAAGGUUUCCUUUGGAGAUAAGGUCUUUUGGGUUACAUUCCAUGAUAAAAGAAGCAGCUUGUCUUGCCAAAUGUAUGUGUGUUUAUAAGGGCUUAGGUUUUAUGGUCGACGUCGAUAAGUCUUUACCCAACAAUGUUAUGGGUGAUGAGAGGAGAGUGUUUCAGGUGAUUUUACAUAUGGUUGGGAAUCUACUUGAUUGCAACCAUGGGGAAGGGGGUAUCCUUGUAUUUCGGGUUUCGGCAGAUGCUGGAAGUCAAGGGAGAAACGACAAAGGGUGGGCAACUUGGAGACCUAGCUCAUCUAGCGGUGAUGUAAAUAUUAGAUUCGAGAUAGGGAUCAACAACAGUAGUGAUUCUGAAGUUGGGAGCUCCGUUUCCUCGGGUCUCGAGGGUAGGAAAUAUACCAGUGAUAGGUAUGAGGGCAGAUUGAGCUUUAGUAUUUGCAAGAGGAUAGUCCAGUUGAUGCAAGGGAACUUAUGGUUGGUACCAUAUACUCAUGGUAUUCCUCAAAGCAUGACACUUCUUCUUCGGUUUCAAUUACGACCGUCCAUUGCAAUAGCCAUCUCCGAACCCGGAGAGUCAUCAGAACACACCUAUUCCAAUUCAAUGUUGAGAGGUCUGCAAGUUCUGUUAGUUGACCACGACGAUGUAAAUAGAGCAGUGACACAAAAAUUGCUUCAGAAACUAGGUUGUGCCGUGACUUCUGCUUCUUCCGGAUUCGAAUGCCUUACCUUCAUUGGACCUGCUGGAUCUUCCAUUCAAGUUGUGCUUUUGGAUCUCCAAAUGCCUGAUAUAGACGGCUUCGAAGUCGCCGCAAGGAUUCGGAAGUUUAAAAGCGGAAAUAGGCCAAUAAUUGUUGCAUUGACCGCAAGUGCCGAAGAAGAUUUGUGGGAAAAGUGCAUGGAGAUUGGUGUUAAUGGGGUAAUCCGAAAACCGGUUUUGAUGCAAGGAAUUGCUAGUGAACUCAGAAGAAUUCUGAUGCAGGGAAAUAGUGUCCUGUGAACAUGAAUUGGUGCAAGUUAAAAAAACACUACAGCAUCUAGUAAUUAAAAGUUAUUUUUCAAGUCACAUUCUUGUUCUUGGUAGAAUUAUAGAACACAAACAAAAGUACUCUUUGAUUCUCACUUGCUAGCAAUUUUCCACGUAGAGAUGUCAUCAUACACACGACUUUCAUAAGAAAAAAAUGUUACACAGAUUAGUUUCUUUCUUUCAAUGUGUUCAUGUCUUUGUUCCUGCUAUGUAUGUAGUUUCAAUUUUAAUACACGUAUGUAGUGAACACAUCCAUCUUAUAUAUUGUAUAAUCCGAAGAAACAAGUAACUGAACUCAAGUGGAGUAUUAACUUCAAUUAAAGAUAAAUUCGUCUGGAGAA